AUGGGCAGAGUCCAGAGUCCAGGAGGCCCCAGCUGGAGCGGAGCCGGGGCUCUGCUGGCCUUGGCGGCCGGACUCUUUGCUUGCAGUAAUGCAAAUGAAUACGACUAUGUGAGUUUCCAGUCCGACAUAGGCUCUUACCAAAGUGGGCGAUUUUACACCAAACCCCCGCAGUGUGUGGCCAUCCCAGCGGACCUGCGCCUCUGCCACAGCGUGGGCUAUGACAAGAUGGUCCUGCCCAACCUGCUGGACCACGAGACCAUGGCCGAGGUGAAGCAGCAGGCCAGCAGCUGGGUGCCCUUGCUCAACAAGAACUGCCACAUUGGCACCCAGGUCUUCCUCUGCUCCCUGUUUGCCCCUGUGUGCCUGGACCGGCCCAUCUAUCCCUGCCGCUGGCUCUGCGAGGCCGUGCGUGACUCCUGUGAGCCCGUCAUGCAGUUCUUUGGCUUCUACUGGCCAGAAAUGCUCAAGUGCGACCAGUUCCCCCAGGACGACGUCUGCAUUGCGAUGACCACUCCCAAUGCCACAGAGGCUUCCAAGCCCCAAGGAACGGCUGUGUGUCCCCCCUGCGACAACGAGAUGAAGUCAGAUGCCAUCAUUGAACACCUGUGUGCCAGUGAAUUCGCUUUCAAGAUGAAAAUAAAGGAAGUGAAAAAGGAGAACGGGGACAAAAAGAUUGUUCCAAAGAAGAAGAAGCCCCUGAAAUUGGGAACAAUCAAGAGAAAAGACCUCAAGAAGCUAGUACUGUAUCUAAAGAAUGGAGCAGACUGCCCUUGCCACCAGCUGGACAACCUCAGCAACCACUUCCUGAUCAUGGGCCGCAAAGUGAAGACCCAGUACCUGCUGAUGGCCAUUCACAAGUGGGAUAAGAAAAACAAAGAGUUCAAAAAGUUCAUGAAGAAAAUGAAAACUCUGGAGUGUCCAACAUUUCAGUCGCUCUUCAAAUGA